AUGCCCCCGAAUCUGUUGCCCUCCGCCCGCCUCUCCCACGCGCUCCGCCCUCGCGUUCUCCGCGCCGCUCCGUUCCCCCACCGCCCCGCUUCCAACCCCUGCCCCGUACCGCUUCACCCACCCCUACCUGCCUCUCCCCGCCACACCACGCCCUCGCGUUUCCCGCGCCACCACGCCCCGCCGCGCCCGAGCCCGCGCGGGGCGUCUCCCCUUGACCCGGGACUGGGGCCGGCGGACGGAGCUUCUUAUCAGCUCUGGGCUCUGACCUGUACUCUGAUAGAAUGGAACGAGAUGUUGAGGUUUGAAAGUGGAGGCACACUAAUAAAAGCAGCGCUAAACCAUUCUAUUGCAUUCUUUAGCGUUCUGUCAUUGCAGCUAUUCUGUUCUGGCCCAGUUGGUCUCAACUCUUUUGUUACAGGCGCCCCACUACCACUUGACUAUGACGUCAUCAUAAGCGUAGUGGACGUCAACACAAGCGUAGCUGAGGUGAAGUGGGUAGAGCUGUGGUGUAAGCAAACGCGAAGCCUUGCGAGUUCCUCUGCUCCGUUGAGCGUCGGCGAGCGAGCGAGCGGGCGUCGCGACGCCGGGCGUCUCGGCGGCGGCGGCGGCGGGCGCCUGCCGCGGGCGCGGCGCGUAUAUAUAGCCCGACCGCGUGUUUUCAGCUCGAGCGCGGGGCGCGGAGUGGCGGCCCCAGCGGUGGCGGAGGCAGUGACGGCGGCGGCGGCGGUGGUCGGCCCAGGAAGGACAAUCGCGUCUUCUCCGGUGCAGCCUUUAGCCGAUAUAAGUGACCUCUGCCCGGUGUACGGAACUCCUGAGUGUGGAAGGACAUUUGCCUUGCCUGUUCCUGAAAUGCUGGCAUCUCAUCGCGAUCGCAAGCCCUGGGGGGGAGGUAAGGAAGGAGUUUCAGCAACUGAAUAUUCACGACGUCAUAUUGAUCCAUCAAACGAGAAAUCGGUCUGGACUGAAAGUCAUUUGGCAAUAGUGUUGCUGCUUUUUGUGUAUCAAGGUUCUUCUAAGUUGUUCAUCGCCACAAGUUUCUUGCAACGUUUUACACAAUACUUAACAUUUUUCUGUACUUCAGUUAAUAAAAGUAAUUAUCAGAGCCAUAGGCCUACUGGGGAAGGAGGGCUCUCUAAUCAUACUCCUAACGAGUGUUUUGCCGAACCGCAAGGUCACUCGGAAGACGGCAAACUGCAAUUCCAGAAGAAUGAAAACGGGUGGCAAUAG